CGUUGCACUGGUAACUGCACGCAAAUCUACGCGCUGAUUUAUUAUCACGGUGAUACGCGCGAUUUAUUUGAUCUGCAACCCUCCCAAACGCCCCUUUCAAAUUUCCUUAUUUGAGAAGAGGGUGUAAGAAAUAAGGAAAAAUAAUUUUUUAAAAGGGGCAAAAAAGUGGUAGGGCAAAUGAAGACCUGAUCCAGAUUGGUUAUUUGCAUCUUCAUCAACCAUGUCAUUGGCUAACACAACAGCUGAAAGGGAAACCGCAGUUCAAAGGGAGAACACACUUGAUAGUGCUCAACGGGAAUUGUACAAUAUCACCAGCACCACAACCGAUUCAGAUCCUCCUCCAUCCAUAUAUCCACGCCAGCAGCAGCAGCCACAGCAGCAGCCACAGCAGCAGCAGCAGCACUCAUCAGAACAAGAAAAUUGCUUCGAUGCCCUCACUCCCACUGUUAAGAAGUUAGGCGAUACAAUGAGAGAGAUAGAAAGUCAAUUUCACCAACUGAAAAAAGUCAACCAUUACCUUCACGAGUUUAACAAGUCGUUUAGCGCUUUUUUGUUUGGUAUGGCCAUUAAUGAUACAACCGUGACAUGGACGAAAGCGCCGACAAAGGAAGCCAUAGAAGAACACAAAAAAAGUCUAAAGAAGCUUCGUGAAGCAGAAACAUCAGACACAACAAUACCCACACAACAGCAAGCAGGCAUAUCUUCAUCUGCAGUACCGACACAUUCUCCUCGAAACGAAAAUAAUGCCACUGCACCAAGCAACAGCAACAGCAACAGCAACAAUAGCAUUUCUAGAAAAAGAAAACUUAUACCCAGUUCAUCUGCUAAUGCUAAUACUGCGAAACGACGACCAAUAAAAAGGAUUAAUAUCAAAGGCAUUAUCAGUCGGCUGCCACUAGCAUAUCAAGAAAAGACAGAAAAGCGAACAAAUAUGGAGAAUGUUUUGAAAGUACUUGAACUCUUUCCGAAAGGGCUGUAAGUCAACAACUAAACACAUUUUCUGUCAAGGCU